GCGAUGCUUUGUUCGGGACAACCUGAAUGCGAUUUACUGUGACAUGAGAACAUUAUUGAACUCACAGCAGCUUCUGAAACCUUCUCUCGCAUGGAACGCCAUCAUUAAUCUUUCCCUGCCCUGCCUGUCAUGCCUUCAUUAUCCGAGUAUCCCCAUUCUUACGGCCGGUCCAGCAUCGCAGGCGAUUCUGGCUCGGAUGACGAUCUCGACCUAGAGGAGCUCGACCCAAGCACAACACAUCUUUACGGUGCACAUCGUUUAUCGAGGGAAGAAGACAAUCAACAAAGGAGUCGUGGUCCGGGCAUAGCGCUGCGGAACCUCCGCGUCGGAGUUGGGAACCGGUGGAAGCGAACCACCUCUGGAACACAUGGAGGACGGUUGGAGGAUACAGAGGGGUUGCUCGAGGACCAGGAUCGCGAUGACGACGGACUCAGAAGGUCGCACGCCAGUUCGCGCACAUACACCGACGAUGAUGCCCCGCUGCUUCACGCACGCCGGCGUAGCUCUGCUCGUUCUCUCAGGGAUGUGGAGCGGUUGUCGCAGAAGGGCCCACGGCGAUGGAUUCCAGGUCUCAAGGUUGCAGGCGCUUGGUUCGGCUCCUCUCACCCUCCAGCAGCAGAGGAUCUGAAUCCGACCGAGACCAAGCCUCCGCGCGAUGUGUUCGUCGGGCAAACGCAGCGGUUAAAAUACCCACCAAACAUUGUAUCGAACGCCAAAUACACCCUAUGGAGCUUCCUGCCGCGUACUCUUUACAACGAAUUCUCCUUCUUCUUCAACAUAUAUUUCCUCCUCGUCGCCUUGUCACAGAUCCUGCCUGUGCUCCGAAUCGGUUACAUGUCUUCAUAUAUCGCACCUCUUGCUUUCGUCGUUUCCAUCUCGCUCGGUAAGGAAGCUUUGGAUGAUAUUGGUCGCCGGCGCAGAGAUGCUGAAGCGAAUGCGGAGGAGUUUACUGUCUUGAGUCUCAGUGGGCCGGCAGGUGUUUUAGAGGUGACGAAGAGAUCAAGGGACCUGAAAGUCGGCGAUGUCCUGAAGGUUCGCAAGAAUCAACGCUUGCCUGCAGACGUAGUGAUUCUCCAGAGUCUCUCUAAUGACACUGCUGCUCGACGAAGCUCCGCCGUGGAACGACCUUCGAACCUGAUUCCGGACGAUCAUGGAGAUGAACCCAGCACAAGCGACGUGACAAAGGAAGCUAACAACUCCUCGGCCUGUGACACGUUCAUACGUACGGAUCAAUUGGAUGGAGAAACUGACUGGAAAUUACGUCUGCCGUCCCCCCUGUCUCAAAGUCUAGCCCUUCGCAACUUUACCCGACUUAAAAUCACCGCAAGCGCACCAGAUAGGCGGGUUAACGAGUUUGUCGGUACCAUCGAGCUGGGACCGUCCUCUUACGACCCGCACGUGGACAAAUCCAACCAUGAGCGAGACCAGGACGAUCAAGAGUCCCAGCCAAACUCCGCCCCUUUGACGAUUGACAACACCGCAUGGGCCAAUACCGUUCUUGCAUCUAAUACUAUUACUUACGCUGCUAUCAUCUAUACGGGGUCGCAAACGCGCGCUGCGCUGUCAACCUCUCCGUCACGAUCGAAGGUUGGACUACUGGAAUAUGAGAUCAACAACUUGACUAAGAUUCUGUGCAUUUUGACCCUUGCUCUUUCAAUUGUUCUAGUUGCAUUGGAAGGGUUUCAACCGACCAAUGACAAGGUCUGGUAUGUCGCUAUCAUGAUUUAUCUGAUCUUGUUCUCGACGAUCAUCCCGAUGAGUUUGCGGGUCAACUUGGACAUGGCGAAGUCGGUUUAUGGCCGAUUCAUUGAAAAGGACAAGGAUAUUCCUGGGACUGUCGUAAGGACAAGCACUAUCCCCGAAGACCUGGGUAGAAUCGAAUACCUCCUUUCCGACAAGACAGGUACCCUGACGCAAAAUGAAAUGGAGCUCAAGAAAAUCCAUGUGGGCACCGUCUCGUACGCCAAUGAAGCGAUGGAGGAGGUGACUUCCUACAUCAAGCAAAGUUUCUCAGGAGAUUUCCUCACCACGCCAUCGGCCGUGUUUGGAACGCAAGUGGGCUCCGGGGCGGCUCCCCGCACGCGGAGGGAGAUAGGCUCGCGCGUUCGAGAUAUCGUCCUAGCUCUUGCGCUUUGCCACAAUGUUACCCCCACUACCGACGAAGAGGACGGUGUCCAGGUUACCAAUUACCAGGCAUCGUCGCCCGACGAGAUUGCCAUUGUUCGGUACACGGAGGAUGUCGGUCUGAAACUGGCCUACCGCGAUCGACAGACCAUGGUUCUCGAGUCUACCCACACCGGCAACGUUGUUGUGCGGGCUCGGAUCCUCGAAUUGUUUCCGUUCACGUCCGAAAGCAAGCGGAUGGGAAUCAUCGUUCAAUUCGAGACCGAUGAAAGCAUCUUGGACUCAUCCAAGAACGAAAACGAGAUCUGGUUUUAUCAGAAGGGUGCGGACACCGUCAUGACCACGAUUGUCGCUGCCAACGAUUGGCUUGAUGAAGAAACUGCCAAUAUGGCUCGUGAGGGCCUGCGGACUCUGGUGGUCGGAAGGAGGCGACUGUCCGAGCAACAGUACGCAGAAUUCACUACAAAGUACAGACAAGCGUCGCUGGCCCUACAAGGAAGAGAUGUAGGUAUGGCCAAGGUGAUUGGCGAAUACCUGGAACGGGAUCUAGAGCUUCUCGGGGUGACUGGUGUGGAGGACCGUCUCCAGAGGGACGUCAAGCCCUCCUUGGAGCUUCUCCGCAACGCUGGAGUGAAGAUUUGGAUGUUGACAGGAGACAAGGUCGAAACCGCACGUUGCGUCGCGAUUUCCGCCAAAUUAGUCGCUCGUGGACAGUAUAUCCACACAGUUGCCAAAGUCAAAGAUAAGUCUACGGCUCAAGAAGCCUUAGACUUUCUGCGCAACAAGACCGACUGUUGCCUCCUCAUUGACGGCGAAUCCCUUGCUCUCAUGCUAAGCCAGUUUCGCUCAUCCUUCAUCUCUGUCGCCGUGCUUCUCCCCGCCGUUAUCGCUUGCCGCUGCUCCCCAACUCAGAAGGCCGAGGUCGCCGACCUCAUCCGCCACUACACUAAGAAGCGUGUCUGCUGCAUUGGUGACGGUGGUAAUGAUGUCUCCAUGAUCCAAGCUGCGGACGUGGGUAUCGGUAUUGUGGGCAAAGAAGGCCGACAGGCCUCUCUUGCUGCGGAUUUCAGCAUCACGCAGUUCCACCACCUCACUAAGCUUCUGGUCUGGCACGGGCGCAACUCGUAUAAACGAUCCGCCAAGCUGGCGCAGUUCAUCAUGCACCGUGGUAUCAUUAUCAGCGCCUGCCAGACCAUGUAUAGCAUUGCCAGCCAUUUUGAUCCCAAGGGCCUGUUUAUCAACUGGCUCAUGGUGGGGUAUGCGACGAUUUACACCAGCGGGCCAGUUUUCUCACUCGUCUUCGACCGGGAUGUCGACGAAGAACUGGCCAACCUCUACCCGGAAUUAUAUAAAGAACUCAAAACGGGGCGCAGCCUCAGCUACCGCUCCUUCUUCACCUGGGUCUUUGUAUCCGUCUUUCAAGGGGCGGUGAUUCAGGGCUUGUCCCAGAUCCUCCUGGACACGAUCACGGGCCCUCGUCUCAUCAGCGUCUCCUUCACCGCGCUGGUCAUCAACGAACUCCUCAUGGUUGCCAUCGCCAUCACCACAUGGCACCCUUUCAUGAUCUUCUCGAUCAUCGGCACCGCCCUGGUCUACGCCGCGAGCGUCCCCUUCCUUGGCGACUACUUCGAUCUCGCGUACAUCAUCACCCUGGAUUGGCUCUGGCGCGUCGUCGCUGUUGUUGCCGUGGCGGUCGUGCCUGUCUGGGCCGGGAAACUGAUCAUGCGGUCCUGGAGUCCGCCCAGUUACCGGAAAGUUCGGGGGUGAUUGGCCCAUAUUCAUCCUCUCAACCUGACUCUUUCCCUCUGCCCGGUCACACCUUGUGAAUUGUAUAGGUAGCUUGCUUACGGACCGUUGUCACCAGCGAUCAAUCAAUCACUACACUUAAUCUCAAGUCCAAUGGGCUGCUUAGCUAGCACACUGCGGUCCAUAGACACACUCCGAAAUGACACAC